AUGACUCAGUCUCUUCUGAGGAACAUCAUCAGUAUCAUUGAUGUUUUCCACGAGCACGCGAAGAGUGGUGGAGACUGCCAGAGGCUGAAUGAGACAGAACUCAAGACACUUCUCAAACAAGAGUUUGGAAAGGCCCUGGAGAAAACAAAUAAUUCUGAGGCAAGAGAAAAAAUCUUCCAACAGCUGGAUCAAGAUGGUGACAAAACAGUUGAUUUCAGUGGAUUCAUUUUGCUGGUGUUCGGACUGACAAAAGCCUAUUAUGCAUGCAUAAAACCUCUUCUCUGUCCUGAAUUAAAGGAAAGGGAGAGAAUAUCUGAAAUUCAAGGACCAGAAGCAACAGGGCUCAAUGGCAAGCAACUAGAGAAAGAAAAACUCCAAGACAGAGACCAGAGCCAAGAGUCUCAGGAUGUUCAGAGACAUGAAGAAAGAGACCAGAUCCCAACACCUAGUGAUGAUGAAAGUCAUGGAGUUAGAGACCAGAGCCUGGAAUCACAGCAAGUGAGAGACCUGAGCCCUGAACUACAAUAUAUUGGAAGACAACAAGUGAGAGAUCAGAGGCAAGAUUUCCAGGAUGUACAGAGACACCAAGUGAGAAUGACAAAUGAUGAUAGGCAACAACAAGUGAGGGACCCAAGCCUAGAAUCCCAGGGAUCUAUGAGAAACCAGAUCCCAACAAAAAGUGAUCAAAGGAGUCUUCAAGUCAGAGACCAGAGGCUAGAACACCAAGAUUAUUCAAGACAACCUGGUAGGGAGCAGAUCUUAGAAUCAAGAGGUGAUGAGUAUCACCAAGUAAGAAUCCAGAACCCAACCCCAAGGGAAAUUGGGGGCCAUAAAGUGAGAGAAGAUGAGACCCUAGUAUCUGAGAAUGUUGGAAACCAACAAGUGAGAAACCAGGCUCAAGCUCCAAGAAAUUAUGAGAGAUAUCAAGUACAAGACCACAGACCAGAGGCACAAGAUCAGUCAAGGCAACAAGGUGGUGUGCAAACUCUAGAACCAGGAAUUGAUGAGAGUAACCAAGUAGGAAACCAGAGCCCAACACCAAUAAAUGAGGGAAGUCAUCAAAUAAGAGACCAUACUCCAACACCAAAUGAUGUUGGAAGGUAUCAAAUGAGAGAUGAGAGACCAGAAUUCCAGAAUAAUACAAGGCAACGAAAUAGGGAUCAGACCCCAACACCAAAAACUGGCGAGCAUCAUGAUGUAAGAAAUCAGAGCCCAGAACUAAGUCACAGUCGGAUACAAAUUGUAGAACAGAGAACUUCACCAAGAGAGAAUGAGAUACAGCAUGUUAUUUAUCAGACCACAGGACCAAGAAAUGAUGACAGGAGAUACCCAAUGAGAGAAUCAAGUACACAAUCCAGAGGUAAUGAACCACGACAAAUCAGAAAGCGAAAACCAGAGGUGAGGGACAAUGAGAGGCAACAGAUGACUGCUCAGAAUUCAGCACUGAUGGAUGAAGAGAGACACACAGUGACAGGGCUGAGUUCAGAUAUAGAAAACAAUGAAAGACAGCAAAUUAGAGAGCAGAGAACGUCUCCAAGAGAAGAUGAGAGACUGGGAAUUAGUGUUCAGACCCCAACACCACAGGAGAAUGGGAAAUACAAGGUGAGGAUUCAGACUCUGGUGACAAAGAAUGAUGAGAAACCCCCAGUGGAAGAUCUGAGCUCAGAGCGCAGGAAAUAUAGGAGACACCAAAUUAGAGAACAGAGUUCAGCUCCAACAGAAAGUGGGAGACACCAAGUGAGAAACGAAACCCCAACAUCAAGGAAUCUUGAAAGAUAUGAAGUGAGAGACCCGAGCCCUGAACCUGAGAAUAAUGGAAGACUCCAAGUUAGGGAGCAGAGAUCAGCUCCAACAGAAGGUGAGAGACACCAAGUGAGAAAUGACACCCCAGCAACAUGGGAUGAUGGAAGGCAUCAACUGAGAGGCCUCAGACCAAACCUCAAAACUGAAGAGGGAUACAAAGUUAGAGAGCAGAGAUCAGCUCCAACAGAAGGUGAGAGACACCAAGUGAGAAAUGAAACUCCACAAUCAAGGAAUGAGGAAAGAUAUCAAGUGAGAGACCUGAGCCCUGAACCUGAGAAUACUGGGAGACACCAAGUAAGGGAGCAGAGAUCAGCUUCAAUGGAAGGUGAGAGACUCCAAGUGAGAAAUGGAACCCCAACAUCAAGGGAUGAAGAAAGACAUCAAGCGAGAGACCUGAGCCCUGAACCUAAUAAUGAUGAGAGACACCAAGUUAGGGAGCAGAGAUCAGCUUCAACAGAAGGUGAGAGAAAUCAAGUGAGAGAUAAAAGAACAGCACCAAGGGAUGAUAGGAGAAGUCAAGUUAGGGAGCAAAGACCAGUUCCACAACAAUACGAAAGAUUACAACAUAGACCCCAGAUCUCAGCACCCAGGGAUAAUGAGAGAAGCCAAGUGAGAGACCUAGGCCCAGAGCCUAGCAAUAAUGGAGAAUGCCAAAUUAGGGAGCCAAGACCAGAAACCAGGUAUGAUGAGAGAAGUCAAAAUAGGGAGGAGAGACCAACUGCAAGACAAUGUGAAGGACUCCAACACAGAGAGCAGGUCUCUGCACCAGGAAACGGUGUAAGAAACCAAGUGAGAGACCUGAGUCCUGAGCCCAGGAAUGAUGAGAGACACCACAUUAGGGAGCAGAUUCCAGAACACAGGAAUGAUGGGAGAAGUCAAGUUAGGGACUGGAGACCAGCUCCAACACAAAACGAAAGAUUUCAGCAUGGAGACCAGAUCUCUGCACCAAGAAAUGAUGUAAGAAACCAAGUGAGAGACCAGAGGCCUGAGCCCAGGAAUGAUGGGAGAAGUCAAUUAAGUGUGCAGAGGACAGCUCCAAGACAAUAUGAAAGAUUCCAACAUAGAAACCAGAUCUACACACCAAGGGAUGAUGAUAGUAGCCAAGUGAGUGACUUGAGCCCUGAACCAAAGCAUGAUGGGACAUACCAGGUGAGAGAACUGGGCCCAGAACUCGAUAAUGAUGAGGAACAGUACAGCUGGGAUGAGAGACCAGCUCCAACAGAAAAUCAGAGAUACCAAGUGAGAGAACAAACCCCAGCACCUGGAGAUAACAGGAGAAGUCAAGUGAGAGAUCUGAGCCCUGAACCCAAUAAUGAUGUAGGAUACCAAGUUAGGGAACAGAAACCAGCUGCAAGACAGCAUGAGAGAUUCCAAGAUAGAGACCAGAUCCCCACACCAAGGGAUGAAAGGAGACACCAAGCGAGAGACCUAAGCCCUGAGCCCAACUUUGAUAGGAGAUACCAAGUGAGAGACAUGAGACCAGAGCACAGGCAUGAUGGGAGAAGUCAAGUUAGGGAGCAGAAAUCAGCUCCAAUACAGCACGAAGAUUUCCAACAUAGAGAGCGGAUCUCUGCACCGAGAGAUGAUGGAAGUGGCCAAGUAAGAGAUCUGAGCACACAACCUAGGAAUGACAGACGAUACCAAGAGAGAGACCUGAGCCCAGAGCCUAGGAAUUAUGGAAGACACCAAGUAAAAGACAUGAGACCAGAACUCAGGAAUGAUGGGAGACAAGAGUUUAGAGAGCAAAGGCCACCUUCAAGAAAGGAUGAGCAUCAUCUUAGGGGCAACAGUGACAGAAACUCUGGAAGAGACAUAUCUCUGAGAGAACCUGACCAUACAACAAAGCAGCAGCUGGGGAAAGAAGAUCAAAAGCGUUUUCCCAGGCAAGAGAAAGCUGAGCUUAGAGGUUUAGAUCCUUGGGAAUCAUCAUCCACCAGAAGAAUUGGUCCAAUAACCUGUGAGGUAUACUUUUUUUCUAAACAGAAAGGUAACUGGUUAUGCUAUUGUGUACAUGACCCAUCUGAAACAACAAAUACAAGACAUAGGCUCAAUUACACAGGUUUGGGGAUGUUUAAGAAUCACAGGAGGAGAGGAUGUUAUGGCUACUACCCAAUUUGGGAUCCAGAAGAAGAAUAUUCGUACCAGGAUGAGGAAGAAAGAUGGGAAGACCAUGUUGAUGACCAGCAGGAUUAUUGA